GAGGGGAACCAGUAACCAUCUCUCGCCAUUUUCCGUCAACCUCAAUCAAGUUAGCUUCUGUCAGUCGCUGUGUUUGUGUGUUGUGAUAUGAAAAAUUAUUUGUACCGAUGAAUCUCAAUGGGAAAUCGUGCUAAUUACAACGCCAAAAGAUGGCUCGGUUAUUGUGUUUGUGGUUUUAAUGCGACGUUCUAUCAGUGAUGAUGGUCGAGUGAUUGAUAAAGUGAAGUGUUUUGUGUCGUAUGCUGGGCUGCCGCAGCAACAUUGAGCUCCUUUCUUUGGAUAAAUCGUCCCCAAGACGACGUCGGAUAAAAGGACUGGAAGGUGACGCACCAUGUCGGCGAAAAACAUUCCAGGAGACAAGAUCAACCUGCGAUUAAUCCUCGUGUCUGGCAAAACAAAGGAGUUCGUGUUUAGCCCGGUCGACUCAGCCGGCGACAUAGCAGUUCACGUUUACGACAACUGGCCUGAAGCGGACUGGGCGACGGAGUGUGUCUCCCGUGCUGAGAUCCUGCGGCUCAUAUACCAGGGCCGCUUCUUGCACAGCUCGGUGACCCUCGGCGCGCUCGGCCUGCCGCUCGGACGCACGACCGUCAUGCACCUCGUGCCGCGCGAGCAUCUGCCCGAGCCGAACUCACACGAUCAACGACAAAAGAGUAAAGGUGGCUCGAGCAGUUGUUGUUCGGCAUCGUGCUGCAUAUUGUAAUGCGUGGUGCGAGCGAGGCGACGAGAGCGCGAGCGGCGGGUGCGAGCGGGAGGGAUGAUUCGCGGCCGGCCGGACUAUGUGUUCACACUCAGUGAUGUAGAGUCAGGAUUCCAUUCGCCCUAAUUAAUCUAGUGUAACGUAACCUUUAUGAUGACUUGUGAUGUUUUUAAAAGACUCGCCUCUAUUCGAUAAGAUGUAACACUUAGAACACUAUUAUCAUUUAAUUUAUUAUUUCGUAACGAUUUGCGAGCACAUUUCGUUCUGUCGUUCGUUCGAGCACAUGACGUAAACUAAAAAUUUGUACGCACACCGCGGGCCUCUUAAAAAUAUCGCAAGCUGGACGGUUAGGAAUUUUUCGUCGUCACAGUGAAAAUUAAUUCAGGUAUAGCUUUAAAAAGCUAAUCUAUCUCACCGCGUUAUUUAUAGUUCAUUAUAGAAUUACCGCGCUGCCGAAAUAAUUUUAAAUCUAGUAGUUAUACGGGGUGAGAUAACGACGCCUCGGAUAUCGUUGGCCAGCUCGCUGCUGGUCGAAGUUCGACAAAUCAUUAGUAUUAUAAUUUAAGCCAUCUACAUGAAUUUAUAUAAUGUUACUUCGGAUAUAUUUAAAUUGAAAAAAAAUAAUAAAAUAAAAAUAAAUAUGAAACGAAAAAUUAUCGUAGCGGAACAGUGGAGUUUGUAAAUUAAUCUCGUUUGCAAUGUACAUAGUAUAUAAUAACAUUACCUAAGGGGAAUGUAACGGGCUAUAUAUUUACUUUGUGAUAAGUUCGCAAUAUUCGGAUUGGAAUGUUUUUAUUAUUAUUAUUAUUAUUAUUAUAUAUAUAUAAAAGAAACCCUAUUUACCGCGCUAGAUUUAGCUUUUAAAUUCGCUGGCUGGCAGCAUGUUUGAAAUUUAAACCGUAAACACACGGCGACUGUCUGACGUUAAAAUUUUAGUAUUAAAGAAACGGUUAGAUAUCUUCAGUGGCCGCUAUCGACUUAAUUAUUAUGUGUGCUGAAUAUAGGAAGCGAACACAUCAGCGCGACAACAAAAAGUUUUAAAAGCUCCAGUCACACCUGUCCAACGCAGCGGAUUCAAAGUAUCUUCGUUAGUUAUCACGUUUAGCCGCGCAUGUGUGGCGAUAGCUUUAUAUCAGCUUCGCUCGAGCGCGCAAGUGUGUUCUGUCCUAUCGGAUAUCGUCACUUCCACUGUACAUUGUCUCCUAGCGUUACCAGAACCGAUGACUAUUGUAAAUAAUAUAACUUACAGAGCUUCUUAUAUAUUUAAUUUUUCAUCACAUUAUUUUUUUAACCGAUUCCAUCGAAAAGGUCUUUUUUAUGAAUAAAAUUAUUUAAUGUCAAUAGUUAUUGUAAAAUAUUUAUUUAAAAUACUGGUGCUUUAUAGACAUUGUUAAAAUUAUAUAUAAUUAUAUUCGUUAAUGCCAUUUGUCAUUAUCGGAUAUCGAAAUUUCAUUUUCGUUGGCUUACGUGAGACUUUUCGAUGGAAUAGGGUUUAUGUACCGAGAUUUUAUUUUUACCGGCGUUUUAUUUACUUAGCUUUAGAUAUUAUUUUAUAUUUGCUUAAGUAUGAGUUGUCCGAUUAAAUUUGACUCUUUUUUUUAUUUUAUAAUUGUUUAAAUUUUCGAUGAGAAUUCGUUGAAAUUUUAGCUUUUAAAUUCAAUGAUCCAUCCUGUCGUUUUAUUAUGAAGAUGCGAUAUAUUUUUGUGAUAUAGUACAAAUAAAAUUAUUUACACAAUACGACAUAUUUUGGGCGAGAAAAAAUUCUUAUCGAGCAGUAUUAUAGUGAAGCUGAUUUAUAGUUUUCGAGACGUAGAUUGUGUCACGGGGCAGAGUGUCGAGUCCAAAGUAAUUUGUACGAAACGAAUGAUGCAGGACGUCGGUUAACUAAUUAGUAUCGACUACGCUGUUUUCCGAAAUAUAUACCUAUUGAUUUUCAACCAAAUUUGUUAAGCCAUUUAUUGAAUGAGAUUAAUUUGUACAAAUUAAAUUGGAAUAACUCAUUGUGUCAGUACAUUUGUUUAUGAACGUUGACUGAAUAAAAAAAUCUUGCCAACUUCGAUACAACGAGAACGGAACGACUCGCUCAGUGAACGAAUGUCUUGACACUCGCGCGCCUCUCAUCCGUUGGCGAAUGAAUGAUUUAUUUUAAUUUGGUUAAUCUGUUUAUUUUUGUGUAUGUAUUUUGUUAAGUUGUGUAAAAUACCUAGUUAUAAUUAUAAAUAAAUCUACAAGGUCAUACGCAUGUUUUAUUUUUAUUUCGCUUUACGUCAUCCUUUGUAUAUAGAUGUCGCUUGAAUUUGAGUUCAUUUAGCUUUUUGAUGUAGACGGAUGUGACGUCAGACGUAGGUGAAUCGCAACGAGGUGAUAUCGUAGGCCGGAUACUUUGAUGUCUUCACUGUACUUUAAUAUCUUCAUAGAUAAUAGAUAAUUUUAAUCGAAUUAUUAUAAGUGUUUAUACCGCACGCUAAGUAAGCAGGCGAGGUCACUGCCGUUUCAAUGAUUAUAAAACUAUUUCAACUUUUCUUUACACAUAGAACGUGAUCUUGAGAUUAGAAAUAUUAUUCUAGGAAUGUUAAUUAUGUUUCAAAAAUGAUUAAUGAAAAUAAAAAUUAUAUCUUCCUAAUAGAAAAUAUAAAAUCACUAAUUAAUAAAAAUGUAAAAAACGUAAGUUAUAAUAUUGAAAAUAAAGUCUAAUCAAAAAUGAUAAAACCUUUUAAUUUUAAUAUUUAGUGGAUACCAUUUUUUUAUUUGCUGAAAUGGCAGUGAUGGUAACGGCGACGGCCGGUGACGAAAUGUAAAUAACGAUGUCUUUUUAUUUAGUCAAAUAUAGAGUAACAAAUUAGCUUGAUAUUUUUUAAAACCGUUGUAUGUGAAAAAUAUCAUUCGAUAAUGUUUGUUUUGUUCAUUUGGCAGAAUACAACGGAUUUUUGCACCAUGUUCGUUUUUCAAAUAGUAUCUAUGUAGUUUAAAUUUUCAAAGGACGUCGCCACAUACAACGGUUAAUAACUGUAAUAAAUUCCAAAUACUAGGUGUCACUGUGUAACAGGUUUACUUCGUACAUAAUUAUAUACUUGUUAAUAUUAAAAUUAAUGAUUAUAAAGAUGUUAAUUAAUUGAAACUUUGGUUGGUUACAAAAUUAUAUGCGUCUUCGAUAUUUCAGGGUAGAGUCGCUUCGAGUCGGUUUACGUUCGUAUAUGUGUAGAUAGACUUUUGUAAUCGGACGACAUUAUAGGUUGUAAAUUGUUUGAAAGAUUGAGUUUCGAUGGGGUCAAAUAAAAUUUUAAGAAUGUA